GGGGGAGUUAUUGCCAUGGCAACCUGGCACCGCCUCUUGGGACUAGGCCGCCGCUGCGGCGGCCUAACAGCUAUGGAGAGCGGUGGUGUUUUGACCGGUUUGGCCCCAGGGAGCCUUGAAGAUCCCGGCCCACUCCCGAGGCCUGCGAUAGACCCUCCCGUUCUCUCGACAGAAAUACCACAGUUUGCUGUCAUGAAUGAGGAACCUGCCACAAUUUGUUUCAAUGAAGAUGAUUAUUAUUGUCCUGUCUGCCAAGAUGUGUUCAAAACACCUGUCAGGAUUUCCAUUUGUCAACAUAUAUUUUGCAGGAAGUGUUUCUUAAUGGCUAUGAAAGAAGGUGGACCACACUGUCCAUUAUGUCGAGGCAUUGUAACCAGAAAAGAAAAAGCACGUCCCAACAGAGCCUUAGAUGUGGAAAACAACAUGAAGAAGUUGGUGGGGAGUUGUAGAUGCUGUGAAAAACAGAUUAGAUUCUCUCGUAUGAGACAGCAUUAUAAAUCAUGUAAGAGGUAUCAAGAUGAAUAUGGUGUUCCUUCUAUAAUUCCAAACUUAGACAUAUCUCAAGAUUCAACGGGAAACAGUUUUGGGAGUGAUUCUUCUACUUCGGAAAUGGGAGAAAACUCUAAUCUACAUGUUCCUGAAGAACCUGCAAGUGAGCAGCCUACUUUCAAAUGCCCUCUAUGUCAAGAAAGUAACUUCACAAGGCAGACUCUAUUGGAUCAUUGUAAUGACAAGCAUCUUUAUCAAGUAGACCCAGCAAAAUCAUAUUCUGAGGACCACUGGACAAUUAUAUGCAGAGGCAAUUUGUGCUGAGACAUAUUUCUACUUCGCUGCACAAAUCACCACAAAGGAAAUCACUGAAGUCUGUUAAAUUACUAAGAUCAUUCCGUCCUACAAGACUUGUAGUAGAAAGGGCCGCAGUCUGUAUAAACUGCAACCAUUAA